AUUAUAAUGAAGAAAAGAAUCAAAAGAUUACAAGGGUCAUCCUACGUGAUUUCACUUGAGCCAGAAGACAUUUUGGGACAAGGAUCAUUCGGCAAAGUUGUGAGAGCCUACGAUCUCGACAAUCGAGAAGAACAAUUGGUGGCUAAAAUAAUGGAAAUAGGGACUCAGAGCAAAUUGGAAUCAUUAUAACACGAACUCACAGUCUUGGAAUAAUUCUAAAGUGAUCAUUAGAACCUUGUUCAAUACAAGUAAUUUAAUUUUCGAUCAUCAACAGGAGGAAGAAGCUGUAAUCUAGCAAAGCUUGUUAUAUUAUCAUGGAAUAUUGCAAUGGUGGUACUUUGGAAGAUAAAAUGAAAAAUAAAUUUUGGUCUGAGGCUGAAGUAAUGGACUUCUUAGGCUAAUUUUGCAGUGGCUAUCGGGAACUCUUUCUGCAAAAUAUUAUUCAUAGAGGUAUCACCCUUAACUAAUCAUGAAAUUAGACUUGAAACCAGCCAACAUCAUGAUUCACGAUCGAUUUUAUAAAAUUACUGAUUUCGGGCUGGCUAAAAUAGUGAACACCCUAAUAGAUAAACUCACUAUAUCCUUUAAAGGCACUCCUCUUUACAUGGCACCAGAAAUGAUUCAAGAAGAGGCAACCGCUGAUCCCAAGAUUGAUAUGUGGAGUCUUGGCAUAAUAUUAUAUAGGAUGCUCUAUAAUAAGUAUCCCUUUUUGAUUCAAAACAAAAAAUAUGACAGAGAAACUGCCUUCUCAGACAUCGUCAAUAAUGCCUUGAAUAUUCCUUAAACACCAAAGAGGUCUGAUUUUAUCAUUUAAUUGCUUUAAAGAAUGCUUAAAAAAUAAAGCAAAGAUCGCAUAGGGUGGGAGGAAUUAUUUUAAUUACCACAAAUAAAAAUUCAAUAUCAACCCUAAUUUAAUUAAAACAAUUAAAUGAUAUCUUCAUCAGUAUUUAUUUAAUAGAUGGUCAUUCAAAAAGUCUCCCUCAUCAAAGUACAACCAUUUAAGAAUAAAAAAGUAAUGUCUUUGGUUUCCUAAAUCUUAACUGAAGAUGAUUUAAAAAAGUAAAAUGAAGAAAAAGAUAAGGAACAAAAAUAAGUCUUGAAUGAAAUGAUGUCCAACCUCAAUCAUAAGUAUUUUAUUCUCAUACUAAAAGGUUACAAACUCAAUUAUAAAUCAACUAAAUUGAAGAUAUUCUAUUUUAUUUUCAUGAGUAAAUCUUUUUCUUAGACAAAGUGGCUAUGAGAGUUUAUAGAUUAAAUUAAGUUAUCUCAGACAUUGAUUAUAACAUCACAUACAACAUUACCUCAGAAAUUUUAAAUCAGGCUUUAACAUUAAUCCAGAAAUUGCAAAAACUGACCCCACUAAGUGCUGUCUAGGCAAAUUUAUAUAAAUCAACUGAAAACUAUCAAAUAUUUUAAUCAUUACUUUAGUAAGAUGUAUUAGGCUUGGAAGAUUUCUAUAAAGAAGUUAAGAAUAAGAUAGUUUCUAAUUUAAAAAACCCAAUUAAUGAACUUUUCCAGAUUAUAUCAAACCUACCUACAAUUAAUUCAAUAGUUUAAAUUUAUAUCACCAUAAAAUAUUUAAAAGACAGUUAGAAUUUAAAUGAUUUAAACUUUUCUAUUAUGGAAGACUUUUGGACUUAUUAUGAAAAUGUCGAGAAUACGUCAGAAUAGGAUGCUUUAGAGUAUCUUCAAAAAGAACUUAUUUGA